AUGCUUAUAUCCUUAUUAGUGAUAAUUUUGGCAAAUGCAGAUCCAUUUUUAAAAGUGGGAGAAAUAGAACCAAGAUCAAAACAUCCCAACUGUAAAAAGGUUGAUAGAAAAUUUGAUAACAGUGGAAAUCCCACUGAUACAAUCAAUUGUAUUGAGUGUGAAAAUAAUUAUUUCAAACUUGAAAACGGAGAAUGUGUCUAUAAUCCAACGAAUUGUAAUGUUACUGACCCCUAUGUUUAUUUAAAUGAUAAAGAAUGUAAGUUUUGUGAUUAUGGAUGUAACACUUGUGAUCAAUCAGGUGAAUGUACUUGUGAUUUCAACAGUUCUUUCGACACAUGCAAACAAUGUGUAAGUACCUACGAUUUAAAAAGUGGAUCAGUAAAAACAACAAAAUGUAAGUACUGCGGACAAGGUCUUGCAACAAACGUAAAUAUGGAUGGAUGUGUAGAUGCUGAUAGUGGAACAGAAGUUUUUGAUAAAACAAAUUGUGCUCUUUCUGGAUUAAAAGAAGGCAAACAAGUAUGUUUGAAAUGCUUUGGAAAUAAGACUAUGGACACUCAAAAACUUCACUGCCAAACAGAACUCAAGGUAAUAGAAGGGUGUAUUCGACAGAAUGGGGAAAACUGCUUAAAGUGUGAUGUUGGUUAUAUUCUAUCUUAUAAAGCCUGCAAAAAGACCGACGAGAACUGUAAUAUACUCAAAGAAACGUCGAGUGAUGUUAUUUGCAAAUCUUGUAGAGAAGGAUAUUAUAUAAAUGAUAAAGGAACUUGUACAAUGUGCGAAGUAAACGGAGAUAUAAACAAACAGUACGACAGCUUGUGCGAAUUGUAUGAUACCACCAAAUGUACUCAAUGUAAUAAAAGAUGUAAAGUUGAUAGAGGAAAUUGUGUUUCCAAUCAUUGUGUCGAAUUUAAAUCAGAUGGAAAAUGUGGUAUCUGUGAAGAUGGAUAUUAUGCUCUUAAUGGUGAAUGCAAUCUAUUUUCAAAUGAUGGGUUAGAUACCUCUUCGGGAAAACCAACGUGCAAGACUGGGUAUUAUCUUGAUUAUAAUAUUGAAACAAAAAUUUAUUCUUGCAAAAAAUGCAAAGGACAUUUUAUGGAAUGUUUAACAGCAGAUACGCCAAUGCCUGGAAGUUCCUUGUAUGACAACUGGAAGGCGACAAAAGCAGAACCGUGUGAUGAUGAAAAUUGUGCUCAAUGUGCCGAUGAUGGUGUGACUUGUUACAAAUGCGCUUUCAAUAAUGGCAACCCUAAUGGUGUUUUAUUAAAUGGAAAAUGCAUAUUAACUCCAACUGACAUUAUACUGGAAAUUGUCGAUAAUUAUGACACAACUUAUAAAUUCUGUAAGUACAAAGGAGUAAAUUCUUUCUUUGAAGAGUUGGUACCAGCAUAUAAUGAGACUACCAAUCCUGAAAGUAAAUGCAAUCCAUUAUUGAGAAGAAGUUACAUGUACAAAACACAAACAAAAGAAAAUUCAAAUUACGAAUGUGCGAAAAAUAAUAGAGAUGUGAUCAAAAACUGUAUGUGUAAAAAUGGAUAUUAUCAAAAGAAUGCGUCAACAGUGACCGAUUGUGAAAAGAUAAAUUCUCUUGAAGGAUGUAUUGAGAGUGCCAAUGGUAAACAUUGCACACUCUGCGCAACUGGAGCAAAAUACACAUCAGAAGGGAAAUGUGUGUGUCCAACGGGAACUUAUUUAAAAGAUGAAAAAUGUGAAAAGUGCCCCGAAAAAUGUGCAACUUGUGUUUGGGAAACUGGUCAAACAAAAGUGACUUGUAAGACGUGUCAACCAGAACAAUAUAAUGGACAGGGAAGAGAUCCAACAAAUCAAUGUGAAUGUAACGUUGGCUAUGUGACUGAACCGGGGAAGAUUGAUGUCUGUGUACAAAAAAUUGAAGGUUGUUCAACAGAUGGUAAAUAUGUUGUCCAAAACAAACAAAUUAAUUGCUUGGCAUGUGAUAAAGAACACAUGGCAAUUGGAUUUGGUACAACACAAUGCUCGCAAUGUGUUGAUGGAUAUUACAUGGAUGACAAAAAAGUGUGUCAAAUGUGCAACAACGGAAUUGGGUGUUUAACAUGUAGUGCAACUGCUUGCACUCAAUGUAAAGAUGGUAAUGCUGUUUUAAAUGGACCAGCUUCAGAACCGACAAAGUAUUGCACAAUUUGUAAAGAUGGCUUCACAUUCAAUUCAACUGAUGGAACAUGUGCAAGAUGUCCGAGUGUUUGCAAUGGUUGUGAAAUUAAAGAUGGAAAUAUUGAAUGUAAAGAAUGUAAGAACAAAAGAAACCCACCAAAAUGUGAAUGUGAUCAGGGUGUCUAUCUUGAUCCAAAUACCAAUACAUGUGUUGCUUGCCCCAACGAUUUGAUUGUUUGCAAAAAGGAAUGUGACUAUGGCAACGGCAUUUACGUCCAUUGUACCGAGUGUGUUGAUGAAUUAAGAGAACCAACAACAAAUUGUACCACAUGUAAAGACACUAACAUGUUUUUAGACUCCGAAGGCAAUUGUGAACAAUGCGCUGAAAAUUGCAAUGUUUGCACUGAUAAAGAGCAUUGCACCGUUUGUGAUCCAAAAACUUUUAGAACUGGUUUUACAUGUGAAAAGUGUGUCAAAGGGUAUUACUUGGACAUUGAUAAAUGUAAACAAUGUGACAGUAAAUGUGAGAAUUGUACAAGUGCAACGGACUGUGAAAAGUGCAUUGAUGUAAACCGCAAGCCGGUUCCAGGGAAGAUGUGCGAAGGAUGCAAUGAUGGGUAUUAUUUGAGUGGAGAAAGUUGUUUGAUGUGUUCGAAGAAUUGCAAAGUAUGUGAAGACCAAACGAAGUGCGUUAAAUGUGCUGUUGAAAAUUUCUUUGAAGAAACUCCUGUUGAUGGAACAUGUGUGUGCAUUGAAGGUUAUGUCUACGACACAAAAACUCAGACUUGCGAUCCAUGCAAAGACAAAUUGAAUGAAUUUUGUUCUUCGUGUAGUUCAGAAAAAUGCUCUGUGUGUAAUGCAGAGUAUUUUGAAGCUAAGGGAGGUAAAUGUGUUUGCAAAGAAGGGUAUUACACGACAUCAUGGGGAGCUUGUGUGCCGUGCGACAGACAUAUUAGUGGAUGUGUACUUUGUGAUGGAAAAGAUUCUUGCAGUAAAUGCAAAAAUGGGUAUACACUUAAUAAAACUUCAGGAAAGUGUAAUGGAGCAAUGAAGAUAGUUAUUAUGAUGGUGGCUAUUGUUCUUGCACUUUUGUUCUAA